CUGCGGGUAUAUUGAGAUCCACUCGCUGGAUAUCGGCGAACGUAUUUGGGAGCGAGACGUGGAGGUGCGGGUACGCAGUCAUCCAGGGCCACUUUUUAGUUGUGGAUUGUAUGAAGAAUCGCAUAGCCUUGACGCAUUCUGCUUCCAUUUCUUGCUUCAGGUGGCGGCAUGAUAGGAAUAAGCCUCAGGCGUCGGAAGCUGGUCCCUGGCGAGGCAAAGGCGGCGAGUACCUGGCCCAUUGGAAGGCACCCGCCCAUGCCUAGCAAUAUCCCACCCUUUCUCGCUGCUAGCCAAGCUGCGCAAUGCAAUAUACAGCUACUGCACAGUGACGUUCGGGGCAACUACCAAAGAAUGGGAAACGUUCGGAUUGGCGGAGCCGAUACCCGACGAGAAGAGUCUGGCAGCGGGGCAAAGUUCCAGUUCCACUCACAUCGUCGUCACAACCAGGACCAGACGGUAACGCGCUCACCCCAUUGCCGCAGCCAGGAGCCAGUGACUUCCCAGGCUCCAGGGACAAGCAGCCACGACGCAGGCGCGCCCGACCGCGCAAAGGCCGGGGCGAGGACGGCGGUAGCAGCAGCGGCAACACCCCCACGAAACCCUUAUAGUUCCAGGCGUCCUGAUCUUCAAUCUCUGGAAAGUCAUCCCCCAUCCUGACGCGCUCCAGCGCGCUCACCCGACGUAACAA